AUGCACUCAACCUCUUCCAUAGCAUAUUCUUGCUACAACCAUCAAUUUUAUCAUAUUUCCGUUCCAUCACCCAUACACCCAUAUCCUACAUGUUAUUACCCAUCCUUAAAUCCUUCAUUUUCAACCUUCAUUCCAUACCAACAACAACACAUCAUUUCUGCUCCACAUCAACAACCACCCUUCACUUUCUCUUCUCCUUAUGAGUCCAUUGUCACACACACAACACCUUCAUCACCUAACCCAUACAUUUCAUACCCACAACAAUCUCAAAAUUUCAAUUCACAAUCAGAAACAUUUCACCAACAACUAGAAACUCUAAAACAAUAUUUGAUUGAAACCCAUGAGAUCUCAAACAAAUAUAGAGAGGAGUUGAAGGAACAGAUUCAAAAUAUUUCUGAUUCACUGAAAAAGUCACAAGAAAAAUUUAAAGAAAAAUAUGCUUUCAAGAGAAAUGUAGAGGAACAGACAGAAGAAGAAAAUUCUGGUUCACACAUAAUUUCUCCGGCGAAAUUUCCGGUGUCUACUCCGGCGAGCAUUCCGGCAGCAUCUCCGACGAAUUUACCGGCGACAACUCCAAUGAAAUUUCCUGCGUCUUCUCCGACGAAAUUCCCGGCGACAACUUCAAUAAAGAUUCUGGCGGCAACUCCGACGACUUCUCAGUCGUUUUCUCCCAAAGAAAUUCCCCCGUCAUCUCCGACGAAAACAGAUCCAUUAUCGGAAAAGAAAACAUUAUCAUCGGAAAAAAUAGAAUCAUUGCCAGCAGAAACAAUAGUGUUACCACCUAAACUACCGGAUUCGUCCAAACCGCCACCUAAACCACCAGAUCUACAACGGGUAUUGUCAGCACCAUCAAAUCCACCACCAUUCAUCAUACCACAUCUCCGACCACCAUCAAAACCACCCGAUUUUCAAUAUCUCCGCCGUCAGAUAUGCCACUAA